UGAAGCAUAUUGAGAUAAGAUGCCUUGUUUUAUGAGUUUUAUACAUAAUUUAUUUGAAAUAUAAAGAUGAAAUGUUGCUUAUACUCAUAUUAUGUAACAAAAAUGGAGUAUAAUCUUAUUUUUGGAGAUAAAUGUCAUCAGUAUUGGCCAAGUGAGAGAUCUCAGCGUUACCUGUACUUCGUAGUAGAUCCAAUAACAGAAUAUAAUAUGCCACAAUACAUACUUAGAGAAUUCAAAGUAACAGAUGCGAGGGAUGGUCAAUCUCGUACAAUUCGACAGUUUCACUAUAUUGAUUGGCCAGAGCAGGGCGUGCCUAAAUCUGGAGAUGGAUUUAUAGAUUUCAUUGGUCAAGUACAUAAAACAAAAGAACAGUUUGGUCAAGAAGGACCAAUUACUGUACAUUGCAGUGCUGGAGUUGGUCGAAGUGGUGUAUUUAUUACAUUAAGCAUAGUUUUAGAAAGAAUGCAAUACGAAGGAGUAGUGGACAUGUUUCAGACUGUCAGAACUCUUCGAACUCAAAGGCCAGGGAUGUUACAGACUGAGGACCAGUAUCAAUUUUGCUACAGAGCUGCUCUCGAAUACUUAGGUUCAUUUGACCAUUAUGCAAACUGAAGUUAUCACACUGCCUGUUUUUCAUGACAAAAUCAGCAACAAAAAAGUAUGUC